AUGGCUAUGAGCAAGGAGUGGCAGUGCAGAAAGUUUGAGAAUGGACUGAGGAGUGAUCUUAAACUGCUGAUCUCAAGUUUAUGUAUCAAGUCUUUUCCUUCCAUGGUGGAGAGAGUCAAGGUAAUGGAGAAGAACGUUUUGGAGGUGGAACAGCAGACGGCUAGAGGAUCGAUCUCUUCCAAGAACAACUUAAAUAUGAGGGGAACCCCUUACACUCGUCUAACACUACCCUUUAACUCUAGCGGGUCUCUUUCCCAGUCACCGGGCGUUGUCGGUCAGUUUGGACAACAAGGAUCAGUGGCUUGUUUUCAUUGCGGAGGACCUCACUACAAGUCAUCAUGCCCUCAGCUGGUAGGAGGAAAAUUUUGUACUCGAUGUAGAAGAAACGACCAUCUGGAGAGUGAGUGUAAUAUGGGGAGACGAGCGUCGAUGAGGCCACCGAACACUGGAAGAUUUCAACAGGGAAGGGGUGGACGAGCACAAGCGGUCGGUCGCGUGUAUGCUAUAAUGGGCGCUGAAGCAGGAAGUAUAGGUAACCUCAUUAUUAGUGCUUGCUUGUUGUGUGGUGUUUCCUGUUGCGUGUUGUAUGAUUCGGGAGCAACACAUUCCUUCAUCUCGAAGGCGUGUGUUGAGAAAUUAGGGUUAACCAAGCAUGAGAUGCAAUUUGACUUGGUGGUGUCUACCCCAGCAGCUGGUGAGGUUAGGACGUCUACUGUUUGCAUUAGAUGUCCUAUUGAGGUUGAGGGGCGUAGAUUUAAGGUGAACCUUAUUUGCUUACCUCUCCAAGGUUUAGAGAGACUAGUAUUCUCGGAUGGAGAGGAAGAGUUUUCUGUGACGAUCGGUCAGUUAAGGGAAGAUAUCAUGGAGGGUGCUAGCUGCUUCUUGAUAUUGUCGCAUCUGGAAGCAGUUGAAGACGGUCGUUUAGGACGUUCGGUGCAAGGCGAGCGUACUGAUAACCGUUCAUUCAUAAGUGAAUUUAUGCACGUUUUUCCUGAAGAAGUACCAGGAUUACCCCCUCCAAGAGAAGUGGAAUUCUCUAUUGACCUAGUGUCAGAAGCUGGUCCAGUCUCGAUUGCACCAUACCGAAUGUCUCCAACAGAGUUGGCUGAACUCAAGAAUCAAAUUGAAGAUUUAAUGGACAAGCAGUUCAUUCGGCCAAGUGCAUCACCUUGGGGAGCGCCAAUGCUGUUAGUGAAGAAGAAGGAUGGUAGCUCGCGACUGUGUGUGGACUACCGACAGUUGAACAAGCUGACCAUCAAGAAUAAGUAUACUUUGCCAAGAAUUGACGACUUGAUGGAUCAACUGCAUGACGCAACAGUGUUCUCGAAGAUCGACCUAAGGUCAGGAUAUCACCAAAUUUUGGUUAAGGAGGGAGACGUUCAUAAGACGACAUUCAGGUCCAAAUAUGGUCAUUAUGAGUAUGUAGUAAUGCCGUUCGGUGUUACUAACGCUCCAGCCAUAUUCAUGGACUACAUGAAUCGUAUUUUUAGACCCUUCCUAGACAAGUUUGUGGUCGUUUUUAUUGAUGAUAUCCUCAUCUAUUCCAAGAGUCGUGAAGAACAUGAAAGACAUUUGAGGUUAGUGCUCGGUGUGUUAAGAGAAAAAAAGUUAUAUGCCAAAUUAUCUAAGUGUGAAUUUUGGAUGGAUGAAGUGCAGUUUUUGGGGCACGUAAUUUCGGCUGAAGGAAUCUCGGUGGAUCCAGCUAAGGUACGAGCUGUAUUGGAAUGGGAGAGUCCCCUUCGGUCACUGAAAUUAGGAGUUUCGUGGGACUAG